GUGUGUGUGUUUGGGGGGUGGGGGGUUGUACUACAGUCUGCGUGCCAUGUGGACACCGCUUCUGCUGGUGGCGCAACAUAAACCGUCCGCGUACAGAGACCGCGCAGCAGAGAGAGACGAGACGUCAGCGAGCAGGAGGGAGACGUCCUAUCAGCGAACAUAUUUGGACCCUCCAGGAUAAACUUAUCAUUAUUUCUCCGGCAUUCAUUCGAUCACAUUUACUCGAUUUCGGAGGACGUCCGUGCAGGAACCUUAAAGCCUUCAGGUCUCCAAGGAUGGACUCCAUACCUGCGGGACGAGACUCCAGCUCCUCACCUAACUCCAAACAAGAACUUCCCUACCCGAGCACCAGCUUGAAACCCAAUCAAGUUGGAGAAACGGUUCUGUACGGAAUACCCAUCGUGUCUUUGGUGAUAGAUGGCCAGGAGAGACUCUGCCUUGCUCAAAUAUCAAACACAUUGUUAAAGAAUUACAGCUAUAACGAGAUCCAUAACCGGCGCGUGGCGCUGGGCAUCACCUGCGUCCAGUGCACCCCUGUACAGCUGGAGAUCCUGCGGAGAGCCGGAGCGAUGCCAAUCUCCUCCAGGCGCUGCGGGAUGAUCACCAAACGCGAAGCAGAAAGACUUUGUAAGUCAUUUCUAGGAGCGCACUCACCCCCUAAACUUCCUGAAAAUUUCGCCUUCGAUGUCUCCCACGAGUGCGCCUGGGGGAGCCGUGGAAACUUCAUUCCUGCCAGAUACAACAGCUCCAGAGCAAAAUGCAUCAAGUGCUCCUACUGCAACAUGUAUUUCUCCCCAAAUAAAUUUAUAUUUCACUCCCAUCGCACACCGGAGUCCAAGUACACGCAGCCGGAUGCGGCUAAUUUUAAUUCCUGGAGGCGACAUCUCAAACUGACGGAUAAAAACAGUCCCAUGGAGAUCAUGCAUGCGUGGGAAGAUGUGAAGGCCAUGUUCAAUGGGGGCAGUCGCAAGAGGACGCUUCCGGGGAAUGGAUCCGGGUCCAGCUCUCCUCUAAAAUUGCAGGGACCCAACCGCUCCCAAGAGUCACCCGAAAUCCCUGCAAAAAUCCUGGGCUGUGAAGACACCCGGGGGGCUAUCAGCAGCGCCCGCAGCUACCCGGUCAUUCCGGUUCCCAGUAAAGGCUUUGGGAUGCUGCAGAAAAUACCACCGCCACUCUUCCCUCAUCCAUAUGGCUUCCCAGCUUUCGGUCUGUGCCAGAAGAAAGAGGACGGGAUGAUGGGUGAGCAGGGCAAAGCCGGGCUGCCGGGCGUCCUGUGGCCUGGUACCAAGGACAGCGCCUAUCCCUCCUUCCCCAUGUUCUGGCCUGCUGCGGGCCCGCUGCCCUUGCCCCCAUACGGGCAGACUCCACACAAACCACCCGCCGAACUGCUGUGUCCCACCAGACAGACAGAGGUGGACAUUUCCGAAAGCAGCGACCGCAGCACCAACACGUCCAAAGACAGCGUGGUGGAUACCGACCGCUGCUCCAGCACCCAGUCCAUACGAAACGAAGACGACAAAUCCGGGGACGAGGGAAGGCCCACCGGGGAGACAAGCCUCCCGACGCGGAAAAUAAGCUACGUGUCCGCUUUCAGGCCGGUCAUCAAAGACGCAGACUGCAUCGCCAAACUUUACGGCAACAGAAGCGCCUACAACGGCUGUCGCACCGGUUAUUUAUCGCCUGAUUUUUUAAGUGAGAGCUCGAGCUAUCGGUCCGUGUCCCCGUGCGUGGACAGCGAGGGUGAUCCGGACGUGGACGUGGAGACAAACAGAACGCCAGAGGAGCAGGACCAUGGGCCUAGGAGUCCUAUCGGUUUGGUGCGCAGCGUUUCACCGAAAGACUCCCCGAAAAGCGCAGAGAGCAGCCAGAAUGAGGCGCAGAAACUGAGCCUGCAGGUGAGCCAGUCCUCAGACAGAGAGCUGCAGAGCAAACAACUAUCACAACACCAUAUAGCUGCUCCGUUCACAGAGGUUUUCCCAUCAGACAGAGCUGAGCUGCAACAAAGAAGCAGUCCGUAUCACUUCAGACCAACAAAUUAUCUGACAGCGGUACUUUCAACUAACGAUGAAAGCACAAGUAAAGAAGAGCCGUCUUCAACAGUGGAAGAAAUUGAAACGAAAUCUUUUAAUGGACAAAGCAGCGAGGAGAGCCACCGAGACCCAGAUGAGGGUGAUGACAUGGCAGCCAGAGAUGUACCAAUACAGAGAGAGUUCCAAAGUUUAGCAAAAGAGGAGCUGCAGAAGCAGCUGUUGGAACAAGUCGAGCUGAGGAAAAAGCUAGAGCGCGAAUUUCAGAACCUAAAAGAUAAUUUUCAAGAUCAAAUGAAACGAGAGCUUUCCUACAGAGAGGAAAUGGUCCAGCAGCUUCACAUCGUUAGAGAAGCUCACGACGCAUUACACCAUUUCUCCUGUAAGAUGUUAACUCCUCGGCACUGCACAGGAUCCUGCACAUUCAAAUCUCCUCUACUGCCACCUUGAGUGUCGGACAUGUUUGUAGGUCAGAAGACUGGUAAAAGGGACCCAUUUGCAGCUCUUGUCAAGCAUCUGUGCUUGGAGAAAUACAUGAAAAAAUAAAUAAACCUCAGUUUGUUUUGCUGAUUUAUCAAACUUAAAAAAGAACAACCUGUAAUUAUAUGUAACAUUUGAAAAAUGUGUAUUACCACCCCAGUAUUUAUGACACCAUCCUGAAUAGGCUGUAGAUUGUUUUACUGAAAUUAUGCCAUCACCUCUCGUUUCCGUUUUGUGGCAAAGUGCAAUGACAGUAGUUGUCCUAUAUUGGAUUAUUUAUGUUUUGUUUUUACCUGUCAUUAUUUUUGUUCCAAG